GGGCGGGCGGGCCCGCCGCGCGGCCUUGUGGGAGGCACGCCCCGCCCCUCUCCGCGCUUAGGCGGCUUGCACUGCGCCGGAGCGCCAGGGUCGGGGAAGAGGCUCGACUCAGCCGAGCCACGCUCCGGAACUUUACUCUCUUCUCCCGUUCUUUCAUCUCUGCAAGCGGCCACACGUAUUACUUCGAAACAAACGAGCAAACAAACAAAAAGGCAAAAUUGUAGUCUACUAAGAAAAAGGCAAAGGUCCUACGGGAGGGGAAAAAAAACGGACGCCUGCGCGUUGCCAUAGCUACGCCUUAGUUUGGGUCCCGCUUCCUGCCGGGCUGGUAGAAAGCCUACAUGGAGGAGCAAACUGGGCAUGUUGGCUCUUGUGUCUGUAAUCUCUGCACUUGGAAGGCUGAAGUAUGAAGAUCAAUUUAUGUUUCAGGCCAGUCAGAGUUUCAAGCAGGGUCUCCCUUAGCCCAACCUGGUCUGAAACUUAAUAUCCUGCCAGUGGUGAUCCUGAACUCCUGAUCUCCAUCCUCCACCUCCCAGGUGCCAGGAUGCCGGAACCAUCGUACUCUACCACUUCCACCUUUUGUGAUGCUGGGGGUUGGCUCUAGGGCCUUGCACACAAUAGGACGUAUUCUACCAUGGGCCUCCAUCCUCAGCCCUAAGCUUUACCGUCGUUGCCUUAUAGUUCACCAGGUGAAAUCCAGCCACGAAGGAACAUCUGUGGUCUCAAGUACAAGGAAAACAUCUCUUACUAAAGAAAGAUCCACAGUCCCAGAAACCAAACAACGAGGCCUGGAUUCUAUCCUUAAAAAACCUACAAGACAGACCAUGAUGACUCUGGAGACACUGAAGAAGAUUGAGAACGACAGGCAAUAUUUGAGUGACGUGAUUGCCAACACCAUGAGGGAGAUGCAGGAUUCGGGUUCUUUCAAGAGUCUCCUGGAAGCCUUGGACACAGAAAGAGAUAAAAAGAUGCACUUCCACGAAGCCAUCACAAGGGAGGAAAAAGGAAGAAGAGAGAUAAAAUCUCUUCAGAAACAGUUAAUUGAUGUCAAAAAGGAAUGUCAAAUGCAAGUCCAGAAUGGGAACAAAUACAUUUCUCACCUCAAGGACCAGUUACAAGAGAUGAAGGCCAAAACCAACUUGGAGAAUCUUUAUAUGAAAAGAAAUACUGAGCUGCAGAUUUCCCAGACCCAGAAGAAAUGUAACAGAGCAGAGGAACUCUUACUGGAGGAGAUUGAGAAGCUGAGGAUGAGAAUUGAAGAAGAGAACCGAGUUCACAUGGACAUUGAAAUGUUCCUUAAAAAAGAGCAGCAGAAACUUGAGGAGAAGCUAGAGUUCUGGAUGGAGAAAUUUGAUAAAGAUACAGAAGCAAAACAGAAUGAGUUAAAUGCUCUCAAGGCUGCCAAGGCCACCAACCUAUCACACCUUCAGGACCUUGCGAAGACGAUCCGGGAGUAUGAGCAGGUCAUCAUUGAGGACCGGAUGGAAAAGGAGAAGACCAGGAAGAAGAUGGAGCAGGAUGACCUGGAGCUGAAGAGCAUCGUGAAGCUCCAGGCCUGGUGGCGAGGUACAGUGGUCCGGAAGGAAAUUGGAGGUUUCAAAAUGCCCAAGAAAGGGAAAGAUGACGGCAAAGAUUCCAAAGGCAAGGAGAAGGAUAAACGGAGAGGCAAGAAGUGAGGAGUGACAAGUACCUGUUGUUCUUUCGUCUGGUCUCAAGAGACACCCGUGAUGAAGAUCUUCACCCAGGACGCCUAGGGAGGUCCCCAGGCCUGUUACCCUAGUUUUCAAACCCCGAAUGGGGGCUAUCCCAUGGCUGUAGGGCCUCUUCAGACUGUGGAUUGGGGGAAGACAUGUUGAAUAGUUUUGUGAACAUUCUCAUCAGAAAACAGUUCAUCAGCUUAUAGUGAUGGACUAAAAACUUCUGUAAUAUUUGAGUCUGAUUUAAUGCCAUAUGAUUAAAGUGAAAAACUGUUAUAAACAAAAGUGAGAAUUCAGUGAGAAUAUAAGGUUAUCACUUAGCAUAUGUAUGCACAUGGUAGUUAAUAAACUUUGGUUCUCGACUGUC